AUGUACGUGCAGGCCGGGCUGACCUUCGCCAGGGCUGUGGAGCUGACCGAGAGCUUGCGCAGCGCCCGCGCGGCUGCUGCUGCAAGCGCUGCUGCCGAGACUGUCGUUACAGAGCUUGUACCUCAAAGUGCAAAAGUAAAGUGUUCCGUGUGUGGUUAUUCGAAUCACAAAGCCGCGGAGUGUCGUUUUGCGAGUUACACUUGUAGGAAGUGCAACAAAAAAGGACAUUUGCGUAGAAUGUGCAAAAGAAUCAAUUAUGUUGUAACGGAGGAGAACGAUGAAGGUGACGGUGACGACGGUAAAAUUUGUAACAUUCGAUCUUUGCGAGGUGAACCAUUAAUCGAAGCCGUGUGUGUCAAUGGUAUCAGAAUGAACUUUGAGAUUGAUAGUGGGUCAGCUGUUACCGUUAUGUCCCACGAUACAUAUAACGAACAUUUUAAAAACAUUCCCUUACUUAGCACAAAUAAGAAGUUAUUAAGUUACUCGGGUGACGUGUUAGGUUGCGCCGGUCGCGCUCAGUUGUUAGUGGAGUGGCGGGGUCGCGCGCGCCAGCUCGACGUGUACGUGGUGCGCGAUGGCGGACCACCUUUACUAAGCCGCGACUUCAUCGCGCAAUUUGAACUGCAGCUAGCGCCCGUAUAUAAAUGUGCCACUACCCGUGACACGUUGAAAUUAAUACAGGAACAAUAUCCCGCCGUGUUCUCGGACAAGCUAGGUCAAUUCAACAAAUAUAAAGUUAAUUUGAAAUUAAAAGAAAGUGCUCAUCCUAUAUUUUUUAAACCACGGCCGGUCGCAUUUGCUCUGCGUGAAAAAGUAGAAAAAGAGAUAAACCGUUUAGUGGGACUGGGAGUACUCCGACCAGUCGAGCAUUCCGACUACGCGUCACCAAUAGUUCCGGUACUGAAACGUGACGGUUCGAUCCGUAUCUGCGCGGACUACUCUGUUACUAUAAACAAGCAGUUAGUUGUGGAACAGCAUCCGUUGCCUACCGUAAACGAGUUGUUUUUUAAACUAUACGGGGGCCAGAAAUUUACUAAAUUAGAUUUGUCUAUGGCCUACGGACAGUUUUGUCUGGAUGAAGAAUCCCAAAAGUUAACUUGUAUCAAUACGCAUAAAGGGAUCUUCGCGUAUACGCGUUUGGUGUUCGGGUUAGCUAGUGGGCCAUCAAUUUUCCAGCGAGCCAUGGAUACAGUGCUAGCGGGCCUGGACGGCACGCUGUGUUUAUUGGACGAUGUGCUCAUAACGGGUCGCAAUGACUCUGAACAUCUUGAGAGAUUGCAUCAGGUCCUACAACGGUUGCAAGACGCAGGAUUUGUUCUACAAAAGUCUAAAUGUCAGUUCUUUCAAGAUGAAAUUAAUUAUUUAGGGUCUACCAUUAAUAAAGAGGGGCUAAGGAAAUCACCCGAUAAAAUAAAAGCAAUAUUAAAGGCACCGGCGCCUACGAAUGUUAGUCAACUACGAUCUUUCUUAGGCUUAGUAAAUUAUUAUAGGAAUUUUGUACCGAAUGCAUCUUGUAUUCUCGGACCAUUAUACGAACUUUUAAAAAAAGAAACAAAGUGGCGUUGGUCUAAGUUACAUGAUAAGGCGUUUAAUGAAAUAAAAAAAAUGUUAGCAUCCGAUAAUGUAUUGGCCCAUUUUAAUCCUAAUGCAAAUAUAAUUCUCACUGUAGACGCGUCGCCCAAUGGAUUAGGUGCUAUUCUAUCACAGGUGAGUUCCGAUGGCCAGGAAAAACCUAUCUCUUUCGCUUCGCGCACGCUCAACGACGCCGAGAAAAGGUACUCACAAAUCCAAAAGGAAGCAACCGCGAUUAUAUUUGGUGUUCGUCGAUUUCAUCAAUAUUUGUACGGCAGGUCAAAUCCAUUUAUACUAAGGACGGACCACAAACCGCUGCUCUCGAUAUUUGGCCCACAACGAGGCAUCCCAGAAGUCUCGGCAAACAGACUUCAAAGAUAUGCAAUUUUUCUUAGUGGUUAUAAUUAUGUAAUCGAGUACGUGAAGAGUGCAGAUAAUAGUGCGGACUAUCUGUCUCGUGCGAGUCUACCGGACGGCGCGGGCGCGUGCGGUGGUCGAGGCGGGGGGACCAGGCGCGGAGCGGGAGCGGUCGAUGUCGAUGCAUUCGACAGCGCCUCUUAUGUUUGCUUCGUAGUGCAAGGCGCACUCCCGAUAUCGGUGACUGAAUUACGUAACGCAACCAGCAAUGAUAGCAUAUUACGUGAAGUCAUCAAAUAUAUUCAAAACGGAUGGCCUAAAAAAAUUAUUAACGCAGAAGUUAAGCCUUACUACUUAUGUAGAUUGCCACUGUCCGUUGAAAAUGGUUGCGUUAUGAGGGGUCAUAAAGUGGUGAUACCAGGGAGUUUGCGUCACCGUAUUUUAACAGAGUUGCAUAGCUCACACAUGGGCAUAGUUAAAACAAAGGCUGAAGCUCGAUCUCGAUGUUGGUUUCCAGGCUUAGACGACGCCCUAGAAAAUAUGAUUAGCUCAUGUGAGGUGUGUAUGCAGCUACGACCGACUCCGCCGCGCACUCCGGUGUGCCCGUGGGAAUACCCCCCACAACCCUUUUACCGUGUACACUUAGACUUUCUAGGUCCGCUGAAUUGUCGGAUGUACCUUGUCCUAGUAGACGCGUACUCCAAGUGGCUUGAGGUGUACGAGAUGGCUUCCACAACUACUAGUGCGGUGUGA